CUGGUUUUGGGCUCUCUCUCUCUCUCUCUCUCUCUCUCUCUCUUGCACUUUAUCACUCGCCUCCCUCUUGCAACAUCACCACAACCUGCUGAUUCCUUCUGUCCGUCCUCUCUCUCACUCUUUAGUCCUUCUGUCAUCAUUUCAUUUCAGAUCAGUCACACACUCGCUCCCAUUUUUAGUCCCGACCCAUCUUCCUUUUUUUCUUUGUUAAAUCAUCAUCCUGCGUUUGUCCCCACUGCUGUCAUUCUGGUCUGUGGCAGUCCUUACUAUGCACCUUGUGCUGAUGCAAGGAGACAUGCCUGUCUUCAAGGUGAAGGGCCGUGCAGACCAGCUGUCUCUCAUUGAGCUAUGGAAAGCUCCCUGCACUCACCAACACUAGUCGCCAAUCUUUGGACUGAGCUCCAAACGCUUAGUUAGCAGCUGUGAUUCUCCCCUCGAACUCUUCCAAACCAGGGGACGAACAAAAGGAGCAGUUUUACCAAGUCCUCCAUUUUAACAACACAAAAGCACUACUACUUUUUAAGGAUAUCUUUCUUUUCUGUGGACUUUCUCUUGUGAAACCAUAUCAAGAUGGAUCUGGAGUCAUAUCUGUGGAUGGUGAUCAUUGGCUUCAUCAUUGCCUUCAUCUUGGCAUUUUCAGUGGGUGCCAAUGAUGUAGCCAAUUCAUUUGGCACAGCAGUGGGCUCUGGUGUGGUCACGUUGAAGCAAGCCUGUAUUCUGGCAUCCAUCUUUGAGACUUUGGGCUCAAUGCUGCUGGGCGCCAAAGUGGGCGAGACCAUUCGUAAAGGCAUCAUAGAUGUCAGCCUGUACAACGACACAGUGCCAGUGCUUAUGGCAGGGGAGGUCAGCGCCAUGGUUGGAUCAGCAGUCUGGCAGCUUAUCGCGUCAUUCCUCAAACUGCCCAUCUCUGGAACCCACUGCAUCGUUGGCGCCACCAUCGGCUUCUCCAUGGUGGCCAUUGGCACAAAGGGUGUACAGUGGAUGGAGCUUGUUAAGAUUGUGGCAUCGUGGUUCAUCUCUCCUUUACUCUCUGGACUCAUGUCUGGACUCCUCUUCCUGCUCAUCAGACACUUAAUCCUGAACAAGGACGACUCUGUUCCCAACGGGCUGCGAGCAUUGCCGCUCUUCUAUGCCACCACCAUCGGAAUCAAUACCUUCUCCAUAAUGUACACUGGAGCCCCGUUGCUUGGAUUAGAGAUGCUGCCAGUAUGGGCCAUCUUUCUCAUCACGUUAGGUGGAUCGCUCAUCUGUGCAGCUCUGGUUUGGAUAUUUGUGUGUCCCUGGAUGAGGAGGAAAAUAGCAAGUCGUCUAAAGAAGGAACAAGCUCUGUCCAGGAUCUCUGAUGAGAGCUUGGACAAGAUACCUGAGGAGGAGGAGGAGGAGAGUCCUGUCUUUAAGGAGCUGCCAGGUGCCAAAGGCGCAGAUGAGGCUGUGGUGCCGCUCACUGGGGGCAGCAGCGAACGAGGCAUCCGGGACGCCGGCGGAGAGUUUAGCAAUCUGGCUAAUGGAGGCACCAUCCUGCCAAAUGCCAGAGUAUAUGGCCGAACUCACUCGAUGACCAACGGCUGUCUGAAGUCACCCAUCUCCAAUGGCAGCUUUAGCUUUGAUGGCCAGAUGCGUAGUGACGGUCAGGUGUACCACACAGUCCACAAGGACUCAGGUCUUUAUAAGGACCUGCUCCACAAGAUCCACUUGGGCCGCUUUGAUGACCGCGAGCACUCAAAUGCCGGCCCGCCUGACAAUAGCUACCGCUUGCUGCGCCGCAACAACAGCUACACCUGCUACACAGCAACUAUAUGUGGCAUGCCCGUUCAGCCGCUGAUGCGCCAAGAGUCACAUGAUGACAGUGAAAGGCUGGUUGGCGAGGGAGGUGGCAGGAGCAACAGCGUGUCCUACUCCAGGAAGAGGAUACGCUAUGAUAGCUACUCAUCGUACUGCAACGCUGUGGCAGAAGCUGAGAUUGAAGCAGAUGAGGGUGGGGUAGAGAUGAAGCUGGCCACAGAGCUGGAGGGGGUGGAGGAAGAAGGGGAUCCAACACCUCUGCCUCUGGAUGACUUGGACGAUGUUGAGGAGAAGGACAAGCCUGAGGUGUUCCUGCUUUUCCACUUCCUGCAAAUUCUCACUGCCUGCUUUGGCUCCUUCGCUCACGGUGGCAACGAUGUCAGCAAUGCAAUUGGACCCUUGGUAGCACUGUGGAUGAUCUAUGACCAGGGUGGUGUGAUGCAGGAAGCUGCUACUCCUAUCUGGCUACUCUUCUAUGGUGGUAUAGGCAUCUGCGUUGGUCUGUGGGUGUGGGGCCGCCGUGUCAUCCAGACAAUGGGGAAAGACCUGACUCCUAUCACGCCUUCAAGUGGAUUCACUAUUGAACUGGCUUCUGCACUCACAGUCGUGUUGGCUUCCAAUAUCGGAAUCCCUGUCAGUACCACACACUGCAAGGUGGGCUCAGUCGUGGCCGUGGGGUGGAUCCGCUCCCAGAAAGCAGUGGACUGGCGCCUCUUCCGUAACAUCUUCCUAGCUUGGUUUGUGACUGUGCCUGUGGCCGGGCUGUUCAGCGCCGCGAUUAUGGCUCUGUUCGUCUAUGGCAUCCUGCCCUACGUCUGAAAGAGAGCGAGCGUGAGUGGGAAAAUCCUAGCUGGAGUGUCGAGGUGCAGAUAAAGGAGAAGUUUCAGUUGAGCGGAGGUGAAGGUUACUAAUGGACUCGGUUGUACGGUAGAUGAUGAGAAGGGUUGGUUCACGUGAUGACUUUUCUUGUCGCUUUUUAACUUAUUCUUUUGUCAGUGCAUAAGGAAGUGAGUAACCAUAGAGUCCGAUCUGCUGUACAGAAGGCGGUGAUUACACAUUUUGGUUGAAAACACAAACACUACGAAUAACGAUAUCAGCAAAA